GGAACGGGGUUCCAUUAUAAAAUCUGCUGAAUUCACCCGACGAGGUUCUCCGUCUCUCUCUCUCUCUCUCUCCGGCUUCCGUUUAGGUUUUGAUCGGUUCUCUCUGCUUUCUCACGUACCUCAGCGGCGGAUCCUGGUUAAUAUCUGGGGGGACCGGUGGUCGGCGUGAUCGGAUUACGGCGGUGGCGAUGCAGGAGGCUAGAGGGAUGCUUGUCUGCUGCUUUUCUUAUCUAUGAUCGUGUGGAGCGGUGCUUUCGUGAGAAGUGGGUGCAAAGCUUGGAGUUUGGGUGAGUGCAUGAGGGAUCUGUUUGCUUCUUUGUGCCCCUUGGUGGUCUGGAGGAGCGGAGGAAGGGAGAGCGAGCUUGUGAUUAGAAGCCGAGGUAGAUGGGGCAAAUGUGGAUGAUUUCUCUUUAGGUCGAUCUUGGUUUUGUCUGAUCUUGAUUUGGGUUUGUAACGAUUUUUGUGAAGGAGGGAGGUUUGAGGGUUGGGAAUCUGGAGCUUCGUGUACGAGUUCAUAUUGUGCAUGCUUUGGAUGCUGAGAUCUGCGAAAAUAAUCGAAGUUCAGCAGGAUCAGCGGAAGAAGAGUGCACCUGAGAUGGACUUCUUCUCUGAAUAUGGGGAUGCCAACAGAUUCAAAAUUCUUGAGGUCAUUGGAAAAGGAAGUUAUGGAGUUGUAUGCUCUGCCAUUGACACACUUACAGGAGAAAAAGUGGCUAUCAAGAAGAUACAUGAUAUUUUUGAGCACAUCUCCGAUGCUGCUAGAAUUCUUCGUGAGAUCAAGCUUCUUAGGCUUCUUAGACAUCCUGACAUUGUAGAUAUAAAGCACAUCAUGCUGCCCCCAUCAAGAAAGGAUUUUAAAGAUAUUUAUGUUGUUUUUGAACUUAUGGAGUCUGAUCUUCAUCAAGUUAUUAAGGCUAAUGAUGACUUAACAAAAGAGCAUUACCAGUUCUUUCUUUAUCAACUUCUACGUGCUUUGAAAUAUAUCCAUACUGCUAAUGUUUAUCAUCGAGAUUUGAAGCCAAAGAAUAUAUUAGCAAAUGCAAAUUGCAAGCUCAAAAUUUGUGAUUUUGGAUUAGCCAGGGUUGCAUUUAGUGAUACACCCAUGACAAUAUUUUGGACGGAUUAUGUUGCUACAAGAUGGUAUCGAGCACCUGAGCUAUGUGGCUCAUUCUUCUCUAAGUACACGCCUGCCAUUGACAUUUGGAGCAUAGGUUGCAUUUUUGCCGAGGUUUUAACGGGGAAGCCCUUAUUUCCUGGGAAAAAUGUGGUCCAUCAACUGGAUUUGAUGACCGAUCUUCUUGGAACACCUUCUAUGGAUACCAUUUCUCGGGUACGAAAUGAGAAGGCAAGGCGGUAUCUGAGCAGCAUGAGGAAAAAGCAACACAUACCAUUUUCACGUAAGUUUCCAAAUGCAGAUCCUUCAGCUCUCAAACUUUUGGAAAGGCUUCUAGCAUUUGAUCCGAAGGACAGGCCAACAGCUGAAGAGGCAUUGGCGGAUCCUUACUUCAAGGGCUUAGCUAAAGUGGAAAGAGAGCCCUCAUGCCAACCAAUCACAAAAAUGGAGUUUGAAUUUGAGAGACGAAGAGUGUCGAAAGAGGAUAUCAGGGAGCUCAUCUUUUGUGAGAUUUUGGAGUAUCACCCUCAACUUUUCAAAGAUUACGUGAAUGGAACCGAGAGAACAAAUUUCCUUUAUCCAAGUGCUGUUGAUCAAUUUAGAAGGCAAUUUGCUCACCUUGAAGAAAAUGGAGGUAAAAGUGCUCCUGUAACGCCACUUGAGAGGAAGCACGUUUCUCUUCCCAGAGCAACAAUGAUCCACUCAACCACAGUACCUCCCAAGGAUUCUAAUGCUAGUCCUCAACAUGCUCAGCGUUUUCCUGGACAAAUGGCAAGGUUUUCACAGGCCUCUCAAAAGAUCCCACUUGCAAAGCCUGGAAAAGAUAUAGGACCAGUAAUGCCGUUAGAGAACGGAAUCAUAAAACACCCCUAUGACCCUCGACGGCUGAUCCGUAAUUUGCCGCCUCCACCGCAACCUGGUCCUCCUCCUUCCGGCGGCUUUCACAGAAGACCCACUUUGUCAGAAAACCAGAGAGUAGCUGAGGAAGAACAAUCCUCCCAUCACUAUAAACCACUUAAGUCUUCUUGUAUUCCUUUGGGAAACAAGCCAGACAUCGCCGCCACCACCGCCACCGUCAUCUCAAGUGAUCACCGGAAAGUUGUGGCGACCGAGUUUGGCAUGCAGAGGAUUUGCUAGCUAUUUAUUAGGCCUUCAGGUUUUACUUUUUUUUGUCUCAAUUGACUUAUACCGGUUGGUUUGUGUUUAAGACUAAUUUUAUUUUCCCAGUGGGUGGAAUGUUGAAAAGAAGCAAAGCUGGAGAAUGGGUGUUUGGUUGGGAUGAUGGGAACGCUGCCUCAGUCAUGUAAAUAAAGGGUGAUGUCUAGUUGAAAAUAUUAGAGAUGAAAAAUGAUAAGAAUACAUUCUGAUGUUGGGUUUUAAUUUAAAUUGAUGCAAAAUAACGAUAUAUAAGUAGUUUUAAAUA